AUGGAGGCCUCCGUGCUCAAGCCGUCGGUGCUGCUCCCUCCGGCGAGGGGAGCGCCCUCCACGGCGCGGGGGCGGGAGCGGGGCUGCGUCGUCGCCGGCGCCGGCAGCAAGAGACUCGAGACACGGCGGCCGGAAGGGAGCAGCAGCGACGGCGCGCCCAGGAGCGAGCCGGCCAGAGGAUUCCACGGGCACGUCCUAUCCCUGACGGCAACGGCAGCGGCGGCCAUGAGCAGCAGCGCCGCCGCCAUGCCGUGCCACGCCGCGACCGCCCCGGCGGCGCACGGGCCACCGCUCUCCUACUACUACAGGGCGGCGAUGGUGGUGGGGGAACUGGACCCGGCGACGGCGAAGGUGGUGAUCGGGGUGGCGGGGCCGGCGCUGUCGGCGGUGGGGUUCCUGUUCGUGGCGCGGAUCGUCAUGUCGUGGUACCCGAGGCUGCCGGUCACCAAGUUCCCCUACGUGGUGGCGUACGCGCCCACGGAGCCCAUCCUGGCCGCCACCCGCCGGGUGAUCCCGCCGCUGGGCGGCGUCGACGUGACGCCGGUGGUCUGGUUCGGCCUCGUCAGCUUCCUCAGCGAGAUCCUCGUCGGGCCCCAGGGCCUCCUCGUCCUCCUCUCCCAGCAGCAAGUCUCCCCCUCCCCAUAG